UGGAAGACGCUGUCAGUCUACGUCAUGUAGCCGUCAUAGAAAUGAGCUUCUUUCAGCGGUUGCCGUACCCCAGCGCUAUAAACAUUGAUGCAUCCACUGAUUAGACAUCGUCCCAAAUAUUCAACUCAUAGUAGCUCCAGACAUAUCGACCAAAAAUACUAGUACACAAAACUCAUCAACGAAACAAAUAUCAACAAUGUCCAAAGUCGCACACGCCUACACCGACGACAAGCCCAGCGACCCCCUGCCGGCGGACGCGCCUGAAGGCCAGGUCGACGACCCGUCGUACAAGACGGGCAAGAACGAGGCGGUUCCCGUGAUCGACGACAACGAGCCCGUCGAGGACCCUAUGCGCCCCGGCCAGGCCGACUCGGACAAGCAGCUUGAGCAAGACGAGCGCGAGGCAAUUGAUAAAUCAAACAUCAUUGGCGAGCGGACGCGCAAGAAGCCGCCCAAGGGCACGUUUGCUGAGCCGACGGAUGAGGAUAUGGGGUUGGUGGAGGGCAGCUGAUUUGAUCCGCCUGUGAUACUUUGCUAGUAUUUGCAGUGGCUAUGGUUUGGUUCGUUCUAUGGUGUUAGGCUGAAUUGAUUAUUUUGAUUCAAGUGUAUCGCCGUUUUAUUCAUGCAGGAGUAAUAAGAGAACACAGUGACACAUUGCCUAUCC